UGAGUGCGUAGUUCUCUCCCUUGGCAUACAUACUGUACCGACAGAAGCUCAAAAUGCUAAACCCUUGCAGAACCCUAAUCUAGUCCUUUACCAGAAGGAAAAAACUGAAAGAAUCUGAACAACAAGCUCAGAGAAGAUGGGGAAACUACCACCUUCCUUAAGGUCAGCUAACUUUGCUGUAAACACUCUCAUUAAAACUCCAUCUUCUUCUGUUCCUCACCAAAAAAUCCCAUCUCCAUCCCAACCCCCUACCUCAAAACCCCAUUAUUUCCCCAAAAAAUCACAUUCACCCAAGAAAAAACCCACAUCAAUUACUCAACAACCCCAGCUUCCAUCUAUUGUAGCCUUUGAUUCAACAACUCUUUCUGAUGCUAAAACCCUUUUCAAUUCCCUCAUUUCCAAUCCCCAAAAUGUACCUUCAGACACUAAGUUUUAUAAUUCAAUACUCCAAUCAUUUUCCUCCAAUUCUACUCUCCAAGAUUCAAUCUUUUUCCUCAAUCACAUGAUCAAGACUCACCCACCCUUUUCUCCAGACAGAUAUACAUACCAUGUUCUCCUCAUCCAAUCUUGCAAGUCAGUUGACAAUUCUUUAUCCCCUGUUCAUCAGGUUCUCAAUCUCAUGACUUCCAAUGGUUUCCCACCAAAUAAGGUCUCCACAGACAUUGCUGUGAGGACCCUUUGCUCUUCGAACCGUGAAGAGCAAGCCAUUGAGCUGGUGAAAGAACUUUCCUCUAAAGACUCUCCACCUGAUACCUAUACUUACAAUUUUAUUGUCAGGCACCUAUGCAAGAACAGGUCUUUGAGUAAUAUGAAUAGCUUUAUUAAAGAAAUGAGGGAGGGUUUUGAUAUAAAGCCUGAUCUUGUUACUUAUACUAUUAUGAUCGAUAAUGUAUGUAACAGUAAGAAUCUCAGGGAGGCGACUCGAUUGUUGGGGGUGUUGAGUGAGGAAGGAUAUAAGCCUGAUUGCUAUGUUUUUAAUACAAUCAUGAAGGGUUAUUGUAUGUUAAGUCAAGGGGGUGAAGUGUUAAGUGUAUACAAGAAAAUGCAGGAGGAAGGAGUGAAGCCUGACCUUGUGACAUAUAAUACAUUGAUCUAUGGAUUGUCGAAGUCGGGAAGGGUGAAAGAUGCUAAGAAGUUUUUGAGUGUUAUGAUGGAGGAGGGCCAUAUUCCGGAUGCAGUAACGUAUACUUCGUUAAUGAAUGGGAUGUGUAGGGAAGGAGAUCCAUUAGGAGCGCUGGCUUUGUUGGAGAGAAUGGAAGCACGGGGCUGUGCUCCUAAUUCGUGUACAUAUAAUACGUUGCUUCAUGGGUUAUGUAAGGCAAGGUUGUUGGAUAAGGGGAUGGAACUGUAUGAUGUUAUGAAGAAGAAUGGUAUGAAGCUUGAGACAGGGUCAUAUGGGACGUUUCUCAGAGCGCUCUGUAGGAAUGGCAGAGUAGCAGAAGCUUAUGAAGUUUUUGAUUAUGCAGUAGAGAGCAAGAGUUUGACAGAUGUUGCUGCUUAUACUACGUUGGAGAGCACGUUGAAGUGGCUUAAGAAAGCUAGAGAACAGGGACUUGUCAUUUGACCCCCAUUGCUGGUAUCCUGAUUCAUAUGAAGUGUUUUACUUAUUCAUGGGCAUUUUUGUUCUUUCUUAGAGAAUUUACGUGUUGUCAUUUGAUCCCUUUUAUGUACUUUUUUCAUAUUAAGAAAUACACAGGAGAGCGUUUGAAUUAAUUGUACAUAUGGCACCAAUAAAAAAAAUUAGUUGUUCAUA